AUGCCACAGUUGAGUGACGUUUUGACAAUGGAAUUUAUAGAGAUGAAUUUUGGCUGUAAAGUUGGUUUUGAUCACGUUUUCUGUAUUUUACCGAUGUCUAGACUAGAAAUUACAUGUACGAUACAUGAAAUCAAACACAGCACCGCGCGUCUCUGCAGUUCCAAGCCCCGAUCUCAGAGAUCAUCUAAACAGAGAAUUGGACCUAAACCUAGAUUAUCUACAAUAACAGUCAGGAUAGCUAGAAUAGAAAGGUCACCAAGAGUGCAAAUUAUGAUGAAACCAAAUCAUCUACAAAAAGCAGAAUUAAAAAUUUUAGCGAUGCCUGAUAUUGGAUCAGAAAUAUCAGCAAUUGGUAAAGAUUUGAUGAAUAAAUUCAGGAUCAAAUCUCAUGAUCUUUUCAAAGAUACAGAUCAACCAGUUUUUAAAUCAUCAGAUAACCAUGACAUAGGGAAUCUUGGAAUAUUCUAUGCAACGGUGAAUUUGGGUACCCGAACUAUAGAAGAAAGAUUUCAUGUCUUAAAAGGAGUUCAAGGAUGCAUCUUGUCAUGGAAAACUACAAAAGCUUUGGACAUAAUACCCAAAAAUUAUCCAAGACAAAUAUCACCCGAAACUUCAGAAGUGAAGAAAAUUCAUCAUUCUGCCAAAGUUGAUAAUAGUAGUACACAAUUAAAAUCAGAGGACAUCAUCAAAGAAUUUUCAGCUGUUUUCAGUGAUGAAAUGAAGCCAAUGCCUGGAGAAGAAUUUACAAUUCAACUCACUGUCAACGCUGUCCCAUUUUGUGUAGCAACACCAAGAAGAGUAGCCUAUGCGUACAGAGAUAAGUUGAAGAAGGAACUUGAUGACCUUAAUACGCCAAAAGCAGAUGGUACGUCACCCGCUGUUAAAGUAUUUGGCCAUCCUCUUCGAGAUAAUAUGCCUGCUCACCGACGAUCUUUCGCUCCAGAGUGGCAAAAGAUAAUGGCUGAUGCUGAUGAGAAAUCUUCCAUACACAGUAAUGAAGUGGAAAAACGCUACAAUAAAACUGCACAACCACUUUCAUCAUUAUCUGUUGGAAACAAAGUAGUCGUUCAAAAUGACAGAACGAAGCGUUGGACGAUUAAUCGAUCAAUUAUUAAUAUUGGUAAUCAUAGAGACUAUUUCAUUGCAACUGAUGGUGUUCGUGUAUUACGACGAAAUAGAAAGUUUCUUAGACGUCGUUACCCACUAGUCCCUAUACCAAAAUCUGUAUCAAGGAAUCACUUUCCAGAUAGAACGAUAUCACAUUCACCAAAUGUUACAAGAACACCAGUUUCGCCACAGACAGCCCGAAAUUGGAGAAGUUUACGUCAACGUCGCCCACCGAAGAGAUUAAAUUUGUGA